AUGUCAGACUCUGCUGGCCAUGAGGAGAAGCAAGACUUCAACGCUCCUGGCGGAAAGAUUGGUAAAUACCAAAUCAUCAGAACCCUAGGUGAAGGUUCAUUUGGUAAGGUUAAGUUGGCAUAUCAUUUAACAACUGGUCAAAAAGUCGCUUUAAAGAUCAUCAAUAGAAAAACUUUGGCUAAGUCUGAUAUGCAAGGUAGAAUUGAAAGAGAAAUCUCUUAUUUGAGAUUGUUGAGACAUCCUCAUAUCAUCAAAUUGUAUGAUGUCAUUAAGUCCAAAGAUGAAAUCGUUAUGGUUAUUGAAUUUGCUGGUAAAGAAUUGUUUGAUUACAUUGUUCAAAAGGGUAAAAUGAAAGAAGAUGAAGCUAGAAGAUUCUUUCAACAAAUCAUUAGUGCAGUAGAAUAUUGUCAUCGUCACAAGAUUGUUCAUAGAGAUUUAAAACCAGAAAAUUUAUUAUUAGAUGAAAUGUUGAAUGUUAAAAUUGCAGAUUUUGGGUUAUCAAAUUUCAUGAGUGAUGGUAAUUUUUUGAAAACAAGUUGUGGGUCUCCAAAUUAUGCAGCUCCUGAAGUUAUCAGUGGUAAAUUAUAUGCUGGUCCUGAAGUUGAUGUUUGGUCAUGUGGUGUUAUUCUUUAUGUUAUGCUUUGUGGACGUUUACCAUUUGAUGAUGAAUUCAUCCCUGCUUUAUUCAAAAAAAUCAGUAAUGGUGUUUACACUUUACCAAACUAUUUGAGUGAAGGUGCUAAAAAUUUGUUAACAAAGAUGCUUGUUGUUAAUCCAUUGAAUAGAAUUACAAUCCAUGAAAUAAUGCAAGAUGAAUGGUUUACUACAAACAUUUCAGAAUAUUUAUUACCAAAUGACGUUCCAAAGAACCAUGUCGAUAAAAAAAUUGAUGAAAAUGCAGUUAAUGCUCUUGUUAAGACAAUGGGUUAUGAUCGUGAUGAAAUUAUUCAAACUUUGAAAAAUAAUACCCAAAAUGAAAUCAUGGAUGGUUAUUUAUUAAUUAAAGAAAAUAAAAUGUUGAUUGAUGAUUUAAAGAAAAAUCCAGAUGAAGCUGAUCAAUUGGAUACAUUUUUAUCUCAAUCACCACCUCCAUCUUAUGAUCAUCCAGAUGGUUCUUCACAUCAUAAAGAACAUCAAGAUUCAAAUGACAAGCGUCUAAAAGAGGAAAUCACAUAUCAACCAUUAUCACCAAAUUCAUCAGGAACAAAAGAUUUACAAAAUUCAAUUGCUAUUUUACCAUCAUCAUUACCACAAAUACAUAGAGCAAAUAUGGCUCAAUAUGGGCCUAACUCAAUAACCAAGAUCACUCCAAUAAGUACCAAGAAAUCUAAAACAAGAUGGCAUUUUGGUAUAAGAUCAAGAUCAUAUCCAUUAGAUGUUAUGGGUGAAAUCUAUAGAGCACUGAAAAACUUGGGUGCAGAAUGGACUAAACCAAAUGAAGAUGAACUAUGGACAAUUAAAGUUCGUUGGAAAUAUUCACCAAAUACAAAUGAAAAUGAAGAUACCAAAAUUCCAGAUAUGAUGAAGAUGAUUAUUCAAUUAUUCCAAUUAGAACCAAAUAAUUAUCUUGUGGAUUUCAAAUUUGAUGGUUGGGAAUUCAGUGAUGGUGCAGUUGCUCCAAAAUAUGAGUUGAGUAAAAAUGAUGAUGAAAUAAGUAGUUUUAGUGCCUAUCCAUUCCUACAUUUGGCUACAAGAUUGAUUAUGGAGUUGGCUGUUAACAGCCAGGGAGGUUAA